GAGAGAGGGAGGGGGCAGGGGGGAGAGAUACUUGUACACACACAUGUCAGUUUCCCCAUGCCUGCAGGGUCUAGUGCUAUGGAUGGGACUAGAUAAAGAUUGGUAGAUAGUUUGAGUCAUUUCUACAGAGGAACCUGGAUAGAUACAGAUUGUUCUACGCCAGUCUAAAGAGAAUGCUGGAUAGAUAAAUAGAUAUUGUUGUUGGACGACACAUUUCUACCUACAGACAAAACAGAGGACAUGGGCAGACUAAAGACAGCCCUGUGAUUGGCUGCAAGAGUCGGACAGGAACAGGAAGUGAUGUAUUUCCACAGCAGGAGGCGGGGCCAUGAUGGGGUGGGAGAACUUAUUGACUUCUUAUUGGCCAAUGCCCGCCUCGUCAUCGGGGUGGGAGGAGCCGCCAUACUGGGCAUCGCAACAUUGGCCGUGAAACGGCUGAUUGAACGAGCCAGCAGGUCUGCGGAGGAGAAUAAGCCAAUCACAGAUGGCUGGGAGGAGCUUAAGCUGGUUAGUCAGUCCCCCAAACAGCUGAAGAAGGAAUUAGAGGGCGUGGUUAAGAAGAAGAUCGCCGCGGCAACCAAGAAAGGUGAUCUAUCGCUCCCGGUCGACUCCUCUCCACCCCCCUCUACGCUUGAGGACGAUGACUCCGGGCUGUGUCUAUCGGGACCCGGACGCAGUACUACAACCACGACCUCAACCUCGACCUCGAGUGUGUGUGAGAGGAAACGGAGUGUGUGUAACAUCCCACUGCAGCAGCGCCUUGAGCGCUACUACGCGACGCGCGUGUGCGUGUUGCCGGACGCGACCCAGCGGGCGCAGAGGCGGGCGCUGGACGUCGCCACGGAGAUCCAGAGCUUCCUGCAUUCGAAACACGCCCACAUGCCCCUCGGGGAGCUGCGAUUGGCCGGCUCGCUGCUGGACGACCUGCAGGUCAUCAGGCCAGACCACGCCUCCCUGCUGGUGCACCUGCAGGUGGAGGAGUCGCUGUGGUCUCUGGUGCGAGGCGAGGACACCUUCCUGUCCCACCCCCAGCUCUUCCUGAUUCGCAGAGAGAACCUGGAGUUCUUCCCCCGGGGGCGGAGCUACUGGGACCAGUUCCUGGUGGGCGGGUACCUGUCAGCUGCGGGCGUGGCCGAGAUGAUGUCACGCUCGCUCACCGAGGCGCUCAAUUGGCCGUCGCUAAGCGCCACACUGGAGGCCGAGGUGCGGCCCGUGCUGGGCGGCGAUGACAUCACGCUGGAGGUGCAUCCUAUUGACUGUAGCGGUGGUGACGGGGAAGAGGAGGAGACGUUGUUUCUGCGCGUGCUGCCCACCGUGCAUCUGGGAGGGGAGUCUGUAUGUGCUAGGCCGCGGCUGCCCUGCUCACACGCCUGGUUCUGCAGUCAGUACCCCCGGGAGGCGGGCCUUCUGGCCAGCCUCGAUCAAUCGGACGGCGGCAUUCGCAGGAAGUUGCUGAAGACCCUGAAGGCGGUCUGCCGCACCAGCCCGGCCCUUCGGCCAAUCACGGCCCGCCACCUCAGCAGCCUGCUGCUGCACCUCUGCCAGGGGGAGCAAAUCAGCAACAGCGGUAGCGACGACAACAUCGACGACAAGGAGAGACCGCAAGGUGAUUGGUCCCCACAGGCCUUCAGUGGGCGGUUCCUGCAGGCUCUGGAGCAGCUGAUUGGUUACCUGGAGACCGGACGGCUGCCCAGCUACUUUGCGCCGGCUGUCAAUCACCUGCAGGAGCUGAGCGAGGAGCAGACGGACGAGAUCGGAUUCAUGAUCUACUGCGCACUCACGCAGCCCGAUAUACUGCUUAUAUAACACACACACACACACAUUACAUAUACACACACACAUUACAUACACACACACAUGCUCAUAUAGUUCACAGGCACAAGCAGCCCGACACACUGUCCAUCUUACACAGAGAGACACACAGACACACACUCCAAUAUACUGUUCAUGUAACACACACACACACACACACACACACACACACACACACACACACACACACACACACACACACACACACACACACACACACCCAUUGUGCCGAGAAACUUUUAAAUGGACAUGGAUUGAUUGGUGUGUGUAGAGAGAUACAGUAUAAUGUAAUGUAAUUGAAUGCACUGCAAUGGAGAGAUCAGAUUGUGUGUGUGUGAGAGAGAGAGAGAGAGAGAGAGAGAUGGUGAUGAUCAUGAUCAUGAUGAAGAUGGUGGCGAUGAUGAUGACAAAUACAUUUAUCACAUCUUCAUCUUUGGAAAGUAAUAAACUUAACAUAAGUGA